AUGCCACGUGUAGGAGUUCUUGUUAUGGGACCCGCUGGCAGCGGAAAAACGACAUUUAGUCAAGCAUUGGUCGGACAUAUGCAGCAAAUGGGCCGUGCAGCCCAUCUUGUUAAUCUCGACCCGGCAGCAGAUGCACAAGAGACAGAAGCAACAAUCGACAUUAGAGAUUUAAUAUGUCUGGAAGAAGUGAUGGAAGAGCUUGAAUAUGGGCCAAAUGGAGGACUGGUAUAUUGCUUUGAUUUUUUAAUGAGUCAUCUUGAUUGGCUUGAGGAAGAGAUUGUAGGGCUAGAUAAUGAUUAUUUAGUGUUUGAUAUGCCGGGACAGAUUGAGCUGUAUACACAUAUUCCGGUGCUUCCAAUGCUUGCAAAACAUAUGCAUCAUCAUUUGGGGUUUCGGCUUUGUGCAGCGUAUCUUUUGGAGUCACAAUUUAUUGUAGACAAAGCAAAAUUUUUUGCAGGAGUGAUGAGUGCAAUGAGUGCGAUGGUGAUGCUCGAAAUUCCUCAUAUUAAUAUCAUGAGCAAGAUGGAUCUAAUUGAAUCACAAGUGCGUAAAAGUGAUUUGAAACGAUAUUUGAAUCCGGAUCCUUUUUUAUUAAUAGACGAGGUAAACGCAAAAACAAAUCCUCGGUAUCACGAUCUUAAUCGAGCAAUUGUUCAGCUGAUUGAUGAUUUCCAUAUGGUUUCAUUUUUACCUUUAAAUAUAGAUGAUGAAGACUCUAUAGCAAUGAUUUUAGCGUACAUUGAUGACUGCAGUCAAUGGAAUGAAGAUCAAGAACCCAAAGAACCUAAAGAUAUAGCUGAUAAUGAAAACGAAUAA